UUCCCCAGAGAGGAGUAGUUGAGGCUUCUCCGGUGGUUUUUCGUCACUUGUGGACCAUGCGGGAUUCGUCCCUAGCCGUAGACUGCCUGGGGGAUGAGCCCUUGGCACAGACGGUUGGAGCUUUGGGUCUGGUGCUUCAGAGGCGUUUCCAGACUGUUCAGGCUCUUGUUUUCUUGCUUGUGGAUCCAGGAGCCCAGAAGCAUUUGGGAAGUUUGAGGCAGAUUCCCACCGGGAACCCAUUAUACGAAUCUUAUUACAAGCAGGUAGACCCGGCAUACACAGGGCGCGUCGGGGCGAGCGAGGCUGCGCUCUUUCUAAAGAAGUCGGGGCUCUCGGACAUUAUCCUUGGGAAGAUAUGGGACUUGGCUGACCCAGAAGGUAAAGGGUUCUUGGACAAACAGGGUUUCUAUGUUGCACUGAGACUAGUGGCCUGUGCACAGAGCGGCCACGAAGUCACCCUGAGCAAUCUGAAUUUGAACAUGCCACCACCUAAAUUCCACGACACCAGCAGCCCUUCGAUGGUCACGCCGCCAUCCGCAGAGGCCCACUGGGCUGUGAGGGUGGAAGAAAAGGCCAAAUUUGAUGGGAUUUUUGAAAGCCUCUUACCCAUCAACGGUUUGCUGUCUGGAGACAAAGUCAAGCCGGUCCUCAUGAACUCCAAGCUGCCUCUUGAUGUCCUGGGCCGGGUCUGGGACCUCAGUGACAUCGACAAGGACGGGCACCUGGACAGAGAUGAGUUUGCUGUGGUAGGCCCCCGCCGUGACUCUCUUUUCUACUCUGCUGAGGAAGGAAACACAGCUCAUGCAAUGCACUUGGUGUACCGAGCCCUCGAGAAGGAGCCUGUGCCCUCCGUCCUGGCCCCCUCCCUCAUCCCACCUUCCAAGAGAAAGAAGACGGUGUUCCCAGGAGCUGUGCCCGUCCUGCCCGCCAGCCCCCCGCCGAAAGACAGCCUCCGCUCCACACCCUCGCACGGCAGCGUCAGCAGCCUGAACAGCACGGGAAGCUUGUCCCCCAAGCACAGCCUCAAGCAAACACAGCCAACGGUGAGCUGGGUGGUGCCAGUUGCCGAUAAGAUGCGAUUCGACGAGAUCUUCCUGAAGACCGACCUGGACCUGGAUGGCUACGUGAGUGGCCAGGAGGUGAAGGAGAUCUUCAUGCACUCGGGCCUCACCCAGAACCUUCUAGCACACAUAUGGGCCCUGGCUGAUACGAGGCAGACGGGGAAGUUAAGUAAAGACCAGUUUGCAUUAGCCAUGUACUUCAUUCAGCAGAAGGUCAGCAAAGGCAUUGACCCCCCUCAGGUCCUCUCACCAGACAUGAUCCCGCCCUCGGAGAGAAGCACUCCCAUCCAGGACGGUUCAGGUUCUCUUGGAUCAGGGGAGUUCACUGGCGUGAAGGAGCUUGAUGAUAUCAGUCAAGAGAUUGCGCAGUUACAAAGGGAGAAAUACUCCUUGGAACAGGACAUUAGGGAAAAGGAAGAGGCAAUCAGACAGAAAACCAAUGAAGUACAGGAAUUACAGAAUGAUUUAGACCGGGAAACGAGCAGUUUGCAAGAGCUAGAAGCUCAGAAGCAGGACGCCCAAGACCGCCUUGACGAGAUGGAUCAGCAGAAGGCCAAGCUCCGGGACAUGCUGAGCGACGUCAGGCAGAAGUGCCAGGACGAGACUCAGAUGAUUUCCUCACUGAAGACCCAAAUCCAGUCUCAGGAAUCUGACCUCAAGUCCCAGGAGGACGACCUGAACCGGGCCAAAUCUGAGCUGAACCGAUUGCAGCAGGAGGAAACCCAGCUGGAGCAGAGCAUUCAGGCCGGGAAAGCUCAGCUGGAAACCAUCAUCAAGUCCCUGAAAUCAACACAGGACGAAAUCAACCAGGCGAGGAGCAAGCUCUCCCAGCUGCACGAAAGCCAACAGGAAGCCCGCAGGACCCUGGAGCAGUACGACGAGGUGCUGGACGGGGCCCACGGCGCCAGCCUGACCAACCUGGCCGACCUGAGUGAAGGCGUCUCCCUGACAGAGAGGGGCGGUUUUGGAACCAUGGACGAUCCUUUCAAAAAUAAAGCCUUGUUAUUUAGCAACAAUGCCCAGGAAUUGCAUCCGGAUCCUUUCCAGGCCGAAGACCCCUUCAAAUCCGACCCAUUUAAAGGAGCUGAUCCCUUCAAAGGUGACCCGUUCCAGAAUGACCCCUUCGCGGAACAACAGACCGCUGCAGCAGAUCCAUUCGGAGGGGAUCCUUUCAAAGAAAGCGACCCGUUCCGUGGCUCUGCGCCUGAUGACUUCUUUAAGAAACAGACAAAGAAUGACCCAUUUACCUCAGACCCAUUCACGAAAAACCCUUCCUUACCCGCAAAGCUCGACCCUUUCGAAUCCAGUGAUCCUUUUUCAUCCUCCAGUGUCUCCUCAAAAGGAUCAGGUCCCUUUGGAACCUUAGACCCCUUUGGAAGUGGGUCCUUCAAUAGUGCUGAGGGCUUUGCCGACUUCAGCCAGAUGUCCAAGCCCCCAACUUCUGGUCCUUUCACCUCCUCCUUUGGAGGGGCAGGAUUCUCAGAUGACCCCUUUAAAAGUAAACAGGACACUCCCGCUCUGCCUCCGAAGAAACCUGCUCCUCCUCGGCCUAAACCGCCCAGCGAAGCAAUGGCUGAUCAGAAAAGCCCUGCGCUGUACACACUGCUGGGUGGUAAAAGUACACCUGUAAGCCAGCUCGGCUCUGCAGACUUCCCCGAGCCCCCCGAUCCAUUCCAGCCACUUGGGGCUGACAGCAGUGACCCGUUCCAAAAUAAAAAGGGGUUUGGGGACCCGUUUAGUGGAAAAGAUCCAUUUGCUCCCUCUUCUUCAGCUAAACCUUCUAAAGCCUCUUCCUUGGGCUUUGCAGACUUCACCUCUUUUGGCAAUGAGGAGCAGCAGCUGGCGUGGGCCAAGCGGGAGAGCGAGAAGGCGGAGCAGGAGAGGCUGGCACGGCUGCGGCGGCAGGAGCAGGAGGACCUGGAGCUGGCCAUCGCGCUCAGCAAGGCCGACAUGCCCGCUGCCUAGGUGCCCGGCCCGAGUGCGGGCGGGGCGGCCCCGGGGGCGGUUGUGCAGGAGGAGGAAGCUCGAGGCUCACGCACACACACACACUCACAGCGGCCCCUGUUUCAUGCUGUGACACGUCACGGCCACUGUUCCACCAAGCACUCGCCGGUCAGAGGGCGUCGGGCUCGGGGGCUCACCUGGCGGAGGGGCCCGGAGAGGCGUCACUGCGGACCCAGCUCUGCGCCGCGACGGCCCUGUUGAGUGGCAGCACCUGGUUCUUCCUCCGCCCGGAGCACAGGACGGUGACUCCCCGCCUUUCGUCCCCUGCUCGCACUGGCGCGGGGGCGCACCCACCCCCACGCCUCCCCGACCCCCCCCUUCUGGAGACAGACGUCUGGGCGAUGUACGCAUCCGUUGUAUAAAAUUAAGUUUGAAUGAUUAAUAUAAAAUAUUUUAAUACAAAACACAAUCUUUCUUUCCCUUUCA